ACGAAAUAAUAUAUUUGUAGUAUAUAACAUAAUGUAACGACGAAAAAUCACAUAAUCUAUAAUCCAACACAGCAAUAUAGUACACAUUCUGUCAAAACCCACAGGUCUCUGUUGAGUCCUCAGUUCUGUCACAAAAGACAAAUACAUGCUCUGAUUUUGGCAACCCUAAAACCCUUCUUCUUUGUCAAGAUUGUUACUGUGAUUUCGCAAAAAAACCCUUUUUCCUGCUUCUGAGAUGCCUCCUAAAGGCAAAGGAAAUGGGAAGAAGAAAGGUAAAGGUAAAGGAAAAGGAAAAGGAGCUUCAAAAGAAACAAAAUGUAGAGCUGCAGCAGAAUCAGAACCAACUUCUCACUUCCAUUUCCCAAGAGAAAUCAUCUCUAACAUCCUUUCCCGUCUCCCUGUCAAAACCCUUUUACGAUUCAGGUGUGUUAGCAAGCAAUGGCGAAACCUCAUUUCCAAACCCAACUUCAUCGCCUCCCAUUUCCGUCACUCUUCUUCUUUGCAGCUCUCCGGUUCAUCUAUUCUCAUAGGCAGCCGUCAUCACGAGUCUAAUCAUCAUGUAGUCUCACUAUACAACCCGCCGGAAUAUGUUGUUCAGGUGGACAGCCCUUUCCCCUGUUUCUUCCCCAAUAUGUACAUUGUGGGUCCUUGCCAUGGCUUUAUCUGCCUUUUUAAUCCACCAUGGGGUGAACUGAUUACCCUUUGGAACCCGUCGAUGAGGAAGUAUAAGAUGGUGGAGCUCACUGAUAGCUUGCCCAGUCCGGGACUGCACUUUUUGACGUCUAUUGGAAUGGCUUUUGAUUACCAACGUAACGAAUUGUUGAUCUUGAGAAUCUUUUGUGUGGGAAUAAUGUUUGAAGUCCCGAAUCACGUUGAGGUGUAUUCGAGUAAGAGUGGGAAAUGGAAGAAGCUGAAAAAUGAGAUGAUUUUUCAUAUUGUUGAGUUUACUUGCAAUGUGAUCGUUAAAGGGGUUGCAUAUUGGUUGGUUUGUAUGCCUGAUAAGUUCGGAUCGCGUGCUGUGUUUGUGAGAUUUGAUGUGGGGAAACUAGUGUUUGAGAAGUUACCUUCGAUAGGAAGGCGUAAGAAACAUCAAUAUCUUGUGGAAUUGGAGGGUUCUCUUUGUAUGUUAGACUGGGAUCAUAAAGAUGAUUGUCAUAUGGAUGUUUGGGUAAUGGAUGAUGUUGAUGGUUGGAGUAAGAAAUACAGUGUUGGACCUUUAGUCGGAUUUGACCGAAUCCUGGGUUGUUUGAGGAAUGGUGACAUUGUAGCUAAGAAUGAAAAUGGAGUGAUAUUCUUGUGUGAUCCCAUAACUAAUUCAGUCAAGGAAAAUUUCAGCAUUGAUAAUAGUAAGGAUGAAUCAUAUGUGAUUGUUGAUUAUUCAGAGAGCCUAUUUCUGAUCGGAGGGAUGCUACCUGUUAAGAAGCAAGAUGCUCAAGAUAAAUUAGCGCGCAAAAAAGUCACAAGGGAUUGCUUAAAGUUCUUGAUGGGACAACGCUCAGAAAUCAUCAUACCUUGAUUGCUCCUUUUUGGCUAACCUAAGAGAUGUCAUGAAGAACACUUUUUUAGUUUUUUGGUGAAUUCAUGUUUGUGGUAUAAUACUUUUUGAGUUCGAAACAUCUAUGUUCAUGUUCCCUUUCUUCUUUCACUCAAUGUUAUGCCCCUGUUCUUCUUUUUAUUUUGUAGUUAUUUGCAUGAACUGGUCUCACUGUGAUGAACGAUGAUUUGUUCGCGUG